AUGAACCAAGAGGAUUUUGCAACGACCCCUUCGGAACGUCAACGGAUUUGGACCUUUAGCACUACCCACAUGAGUAGGAGAAAUGCUUUUCCUCCCAACCGGAAACAUGGAAUUGAAAAAACUACCCCGAAGAUUCACGAAUUGGUUUUGAUGGACAGUCACACCGAGCUGAAGUAUUGGCUUACGCGACACCCAGAGGACAUUGAGAACAGCUAUCGACAAAAAACGCCUCUUCUGGUAGCUAUCAAACAUAAUUCGUAUAAAUGUUUCAAGAUUCUCCUAGAGCACGAUGCAGACGUCGAAAAAAGUAACUCGAAGAACGAAACGGCGCUAGUGACCGCGGUACGAUUACACCGAAUUAACAUGAUCGAAGACUUGAUCAACAAGGGCGCCACAAUCUACAGCGGAGAUCGAUUGGCUAGAACAAUCACGGAAAUACUCAUCUCACGGGAUGACGUAAAUAGUAUACGGUUCGUCCAUAUUUACAAGAAAAACCUUCUAGAGCACGAUCUGGUUAAUCAGGAAUUUCCUUUGACUUUGGCAAUAAGCCAUCAGGCUAGGAAUUGUAUCGAUUACAUCCUCAGCCAAAACCCAAAAGUCGAGUCAUUUCUAAUCAACAGAAAAUUCAGCUGCCCCAUUUCAGUGGCUAUAAGAAGAAACGACAUCGAAACCAUAAGGGCUCUAGUAGAGCUAGACAGAUUCCAGCACAUUUUCAACACAAAAGUGCAUAAAUCUCUUUCUUAUAUCCAUCUAGCAGUGGAAAAAAACCGACAUGAAAUUGCCGACAUUCUACUAUACCACGGAGCACACGUAAAUCUACAGGACAAUAAUGGAAACACGCCCGCACACUUCGUGAACGAUAUACCUACGUUAAGGGUAUUGAUUUCUCACGGAGCCCGCCUGGAACUUGGAAAUCGUAACAACGAAACUCCAAUCAUGGCCGCAGAAAAAGAUGGCAGGAAUGCCGUCUAUCAAUAUUUACGCCUCUACAAUCAUGAAAAUAGGAAAAAGGUCUAUAAAACACUCGACAGUAGAUUUUAUUACAAUAAUUCUGACAGAAUCGAGAAAGCGAUAGCAGCCAUGAACAUAAUGUCGGACGUCCCAGAUAGCACACUGCAGUCCCAUAGACGCACAAAACACGUCACUUUGAGACGACGUCUUUUACGUAUGGCCAAUGUCCGCUUCGCCGAGAUCUCAUAG